UAAUAAACUUGGAGAGAAAUCUCAGCAAAAACACAAACAAAGAACAAUAAUUAAAAAUAUAAAAAAAUAAAUAAACAAACAAACCAACAAUGACACUCAAUACACGCAGACAGCGUGAAUUUUUGCUGUUGCCAAUAUUGAUAACAGCACUGACAUGCCUCUCGGCAGGAGCCCUUAAACUUGACCUUAAAGACACCUGUUCGGGCAGUUCAUUGUACUACUGUACACUAACAAAUCUAACCAGCUCCUUUGAAGAACCAUUGGUAUGGAUUACUAAAACACCAGCCGAACAACUUACUGAAUUGCUGAUCUACAACUCGGUUAUGGGACGUUUACCUUUUGUGGUAUUCGAAGCUGCUCCCAAACUGCACACGCUUAUAAUGCACAAUUGUGCGGUGAAUAGUAUAAUUGGCACGGAUUUUGAUAAGGCCUCCCAAUUGCACAAGCUGGUGCUGCAAAAGAAUCGUUUGUUUAUCAUACCCGAACGUGUAUUUGCCGGCAUGUUUGCUCUGGAAGAGCUUUAUCUGUCACACAACACUAUACACAUGAUUCAUCGUAAUGCUUUUGUACGUUUGCAGAGAUUAAAAUAUUUGGAUUUGCAAGAGAACGGCAUACGUAUGCUACCGCAGGGUGUAUUCGAAGAUCUUAUCAAUGUGGAACAUAUUGAUUUGAGCUAUAAUGAGCUAGAGGUCAUCAAUGCCAAUACAUUUUCGAAGAAUCUCAAACUAAAAACUCUCUUGCUGAGUGGAAAUAAUUUCUCUGUAUUCGAGCCCAACUCUCUGAUGCAUUUGCCGCAUUUACACAUUCUAGAUUUGAGCAAUACCUUCUUAGACGAGCUGCAAUUGCAAUCGGUGGAUUUGUUAUUGGUCCAGGGCAGUAAGCUAAAACGUUGUACAAUUUCUGGUUCUGUUAUAAAAUUAAAUGCAGCCAAUAAUGCGCUUAAAGGUAUAACCAUACAGGAUAAAUUGGCCGUUAGGGAGCUGGAAUUACAUGGCAAUCUUUUCGAAACUCUAGAUGAUAUAGUGGGCAUGUUAAAUCUGCAAAAGCUGGAUAUAUCCAAGAACCAGUUGACAUCCCUCAAAACAUCACAUUCUCCCCUGUAUUUGCCUUUAGCAAAUCUUAUUUCCCUAAACCUGGCUUCCAAUCGUUUACAGAAUUUAACCGUGGAAAAUUUCAUGUUCCUGCUCAAGCUCAAAAGUUUAGAUUUGGCUUUUAAUCAUCUAAUACGUUUGGAUGCCAGCAUCUUUCAGGCACUUAUCAAUUUGGAGAAAUUCUACAUAGAAGGCAAUCGUUUGUUUGAAUUCAAUUAUCCCGACUUUAAAGAUACACACACGUUUUUGCGUGAAAUGGGCUUGUUUGAAAAUGACUGGGAGUUUCGUUAUCUCAAGCACAUGUUGAACUAUUUCCGUAAUCGUGGUGUACAUUUACCCAUGCGUUUUACACCAGCUGAUUCUUCCUCCUUGUCCACAUCCUCCAGUUUCCGCGAAACUACAGAUGCUUCUGUUUUUAAAUCAGCUUCGAGUGCAAAUGUACAUCGUGAUGUUGAUGAUGUGGAUAUUUUAAAUGACAUGAAUCAUGCUCGUCAAUCGUCUCAUCUGGACAGUCAUGUCGAGUGCUCUCAUCAAGCCUUAUUAAACGAAGUCUCCGGAAUUCAUCCGUACUGGACUACCAGGGAUAUUUUAGCUUUAAUUACCUUGAUUAUGGUUUUAUUGAUUUUGCUUUUACUAUUCUUUCGCAUUCUACAAGAGGAACAAUGUCUGCCGGUUUGGUGUCGCUGCUGUUUGGAUUUGGCAUCACGAGAAUCGGAGCCCUUACGUCCACGUCAUAGACCAUUGGUGGAAGAUACAACGAAUGUUUAGGUUUGUAAAUGUAAUAAAUGGAAAUAAACUAAUAAUGAUGAUGAAAUAAAAGUGUGCUUGUGAUUUUGUUUAAACUGAGACUAAUAA